AUGAGUCUUAACAUGACGACACCUCGUGCUUGGAUGGCCUUCCGCAUGGUAUCCGGACCGCGACGUCUGUUGCCUUUCCAGAUAGGCCUAGCUCACCCUGGCAAGGCGCUGAUGGUUGCAACCCAGAUCCGCCCGCAGAGUCAAUCAACGAAACCCGUCCGACUUCAGGUCCAGACGGUAGAGCAGGGCCAGCAGCAUCUGGCCCGGCAGCGUCUGCGAAGGCCCGUCUCCCCCCAUCUCGCCAUCUACCGGUGGGAGAUGAACAUGAUCAGCUCCGCGAUGGAGCGUAACACGGGGAUCAUGUUGAGCGGCGCGCUGUACCUGUUCGCCACGGCGUAUCUGGUUUCUCCGAUGAUGGGAUGGGACUUGUCGUCGGCCAGUCUGGUGACGGCGUUUGGGGCGCUGCCGUGGGCCGUCAAAGCCGCGGUCAAGUUUGCGGCCGCGUGGCCGUUCACCUUUCACUUUUUCAAUGGCGUGCGGUUUACGGUUGCGGCGACGGCACGGACGCUGAACAACCGGGAGCAGAUGGCGAAAAUUGCGUGGGCGAUGAUGGGGUGUUCGGUGGUGUCGGCGGCCGGGCUGGCGUGGUUUGUAUAG